AUGGGCAACGCCCUGGGGUGCACGGGGCUCGGCGAGCGGCUGGCGGCCGCCGCGAGGGACGGCAACGCGGCGGGGGUGCGCCGGCUGCUGGAGGGCAACCCGGGGCUCGCCCGCUGCGCCGCCUUCGGCAGCCUCAACUCGCCGCUCCACCUCGCCGCAGCCAAAGGCCACCACGAGAUCGCUGUGUUGCUGCUGGAGAACGGAGCAGACGUGAAUGCCAGGAACAUUUACGGUCAGACGGCGUUGAUGCGGGCGUGCCGGUUCGGUCACUGGGAGGUGGUUCAGACGCUGCUGGUUUUCAGGUGCAACGUGUCCAAGGUGGACAGCCUGAGCAGCCGGACGGCGCUGCACCUGGCGGCGGCGGGCGGCCACGUCAAGUGCGCGCGCCUGCUGCUGGCCGGCGCCGGCGGCAACGGCAGCAACGCCAGCAGCAAGCUCGUGAACAGGGCGGACAGCGGCGGCGUGACGGCGCUCCACCUGGCGGCGCUGCACGGGCACGCAGACUGCGUGCACCUGCUCAUCGACGAGCGCGCCGACGUCGCCGCGCCCACGCUGCCCUGCGCCGCGUCGCCCAUGGCGUCCAUCGGCGCCGGCAGCACGCCGCUGCACUACGCCGCCGCGGGUGGCGAGGUCAAGUGCUGCCAGAUCCUCGUGUCGCGAGGCGCCGACAGGACCGCCGUCAACUGCAACGGGUGGCUCCCGGUGGACGUGGCUGGGACGUGGGGAUGCCACUGGCUGGAGCACGUCCUGUCGCCCAAGUCUCACCUGCCCAUCCCCAAAUUCCCGCCCUCCGCCUACCUCUCGGCGCCGCUCGCCAGCGUGCUCACCCUCGCAAGGGACUGCGGCCUGGUUCUGAACACUACGCCGCCGGAGGUCCUGGACGGCGGCGCCGACGACGACGGCAACGCCUGCGCAGUCUGCCUCGAAAGACCCUGCACCGUCGCAGCCGAAGUGUGCGGGCACGAGCUGUGCGUCAAGUGCGCGCUGGACCUGUGCUCGGUGAUCAAGUCCUACGACGUGCCGGGGAUCGUCGGCACCAUCCCCUGCCCGCUCUGCCGGAGCGGCAUCGCCUCGUUCAGGAGACGGGUGGCGGACGAGGCCGAGCCUGACGCGAACGCCGGCGGUGGCUGUCGUCGCGGGGCCGGCGACCACCAGGCGUUGUUCAGCCCGGAGAAGAAACUGAGCACGGAUUCGGACCAGGAUGCAACACAUGCUUGCUGUGAAUCCGAGGACGACUCAAGUCUUUGCCACUAA